AUGAAUGCUGAAAUCGCGGCUCACGAGGAAAUUUACAGCUCGCUAAUGGAGACAGCCAAGUCCAUAUUUAUGAACACAGGUGCUACUGAAGAUCGAACAGAUCUAAAGAACGGUGUCGCGUGUCUGAGUCAACGAUGGGAGGAUGCGGUGAAAAAGUCUAAGCUGCUGAACGAGCGUCUCGAACAAGCGCAGGAACAGUGGGAACGUCUUGUUGCAAACCUUCGCGAUCUGAUCUACUGGACCGAGACAUCGGACGCUAACCUGUCCGAAGAACAGCCGGUCGGCGGUGAUCUUCAGAGAAUACGCAGUCAGCUGACAUUCGUGCGCGUACGUUCUGAUCGUUUUUAA